UGGCCUGCGUGGGGGGCGCUCUGAGGCGGAGGCCUGAGGCCUGGUCGGGCCCUGGGGAGGAAGGCGGGCGGCGGGCGGCAGCUGUGGGGCGGGGGCGCCCCGGAGGAGCAGGAUAGAGCACUGUCGUGCCCGGCGGGGGCCGAGGAGGAGCGGGAGAAUAACUCGGAGGAGCUUUGUGGGAGACGAGGGAAGGUGGGACCAUAGGGGGCGGCAAGGACUUGGGGAGAUCGUGGAGGUUAUAGGGUAUGAGGCGGCCCUAUAGGGGGCGGCAGGGAUAUGCAGUAGCGGAGGACUCGGUUUGGAAGAGGGCCGGCUGCUUGACGAAGUAAGGCCUUGCAGAUUGAAGUGAGUGAAUUCAGAUACAUAACUCAAUCUUGUUAGAGAGCUUUUUAAAAAAUAAAGAGUUGAUUCCGUGCAUGAGAGCAAGUUACUGCUGCUUACCGUUCAGAGACUUUACAGGUGCUUGCCUGCAUUGCAAUAAAGGACUCAUAUAUUGAGCAAGACUUAUAUUUAUCUCUUCGUUUUGGAGAGCCUAAUAAACUGUUAUUACAGUUUCUCUACUGACUUUCAAAAGUUUUGAAGUUUGAAAGAGACAUCUUUGCAAUUAAUACAGCAUGAGCACGGCCAGAACAGAGAACCCUGUUAUAAUGGGUCUGUCCAGUCAAAAUGGUCAGCUGAGGGGCCCUGUGAAGCCCACUGGUGGCCCCGGAGGAGGGGGCACACAGACACAGCAACAGAUGAACCAACUGAAAAACACCAACACAAUCAAUAAUGGCACUCAGCAGCAAGCACAGAGUAUGACCACCACUAUUAAACCUGGUGAUGACUGGAAAAAGACUUUAAAACUCCCUCCAAAGGAUCUAAGAAUCAAAACUUCGGAUGUGACCUCCACAAAAGGAAAUGAGUUUGAAGAUUACUGUUUGAAACGGGAGUUGCUGAUGGGAAUUUUUGAAAUGGGCUGGGAAAAGCCAUCUCCUAUUCAGGAGGAGAGCAUUCCCAUUGCUUUAUCUGGUAGGGAUAUUUUAGCUAGAGCAAAAAAUGGAACAGGCAAGAGCGGUGCCUACCUCAUUCCCUUACUUGAACGGCUAGACCUGAAGAAGGACAAUAUACAAGCAAUGGUGAUUGUUCCCACUAGAGAACUUGCUCUACAGGUCAGUCAAAUUUGCAUCCAGGUCAGCAAACACAUGGGAGGGGCCAAAGUGAUGGCAACCACAGGAGGAACCAAUUUACGAGAUGACAUAAUGAGGCUUGAUGAUACAGUGCAUGUGGUGAUAGCUACCCCUGGGAGAAUCCUGGAUCUUAUCAAGAAAGGAGUAGCAAAAGUUGAUCAUGUCCAGAUGAUAGUAUUGGAUGAGGCAGAUAAGUUGCUGUCACAGGAUUUUGUGCAGAUAAUGGAGGAUAUUAUUCUCACGCUACCUAAAAACAGACAGAUUUUAUUAUAUUCUGCUACUUUCCCUCUUAGUGUACAGAAGUUCAUGAAUUCCCAUUUGCAGAAACCCUAUGAGAUUAACCUGAUGGAGGAACUAACUUUGAAGGGAGUAACCCAGUACUACGCAUAUGUAACUGAGCGCCAAAAAGUACACUGCCUCAACACACUUUUCUCCAGGCUUCAGAUAAACCAGUCGAUCAUUUUCUGUAACUCCUCUCAGAGAGUUGAAUUGCUAGCCAAGAAGAUUUCUCAACUGGGUUAUUCUUGCUUCUAUAUCCAUGCUAAAAUGAGGCAGGAACAUCGGAAUCGUGUGUUUCAUGAUUUCCGAAAUGGCUUAUGCCGCAAUCUUGUUUGCACUGAUUUGUUUACCCGAGGUAUUGAUAUACAAGCUGUGAAUGUGGUAAUAAACUUUGACUUCCCAAAGCUGGCAGAGACCUAUCUCCAUCGUAUUGGAAGAUCAGGUCGCUUUGGUCAUCUUGGCUUAGCCAUCAACUUGAUCACAUAUGAUGAUCGCUUCAACCUGAAAAGUAUUGAGGAGCAGCUGGGAACAGAAAUCAAACCUAUCCCAAGCAACAUUGACAAGAGCCUGUAUGUGGCAGAAUACCACAGCGAGCCUGUAGAAGACGAGAAACCUUAACAAGCAUGCUUUGACAAACUACAGAAGGCUCGUUUGGAUCUGUGACACAUCGAUUUUGGGGGGAUGCUCUUCUCUUUGUGGGUUUUUCAUCUUCUUUCAUUUGGAACUAUGAAGACUGAAAAGAGCUCAGACAUUUUUUUUCUUUUUUUUUAACUGGUGAAGAGAAAAAAGCUGAAAAGGAAUUUACCUUUUUUGUUCCACUUGUUUGCACUGUGUGCUGACUGAACAUUAGUUGCACUAACUGCUGGUUUUUUAAACAAUGUUUCCUGGGGAAGGGGGACAAGGAAGGAGGAGAAAGAAGAGAAGGGGAGAAACCCUAAAAAGAGAAGAUUCUUGAUGAACACAAGCUUGUCUAUGAUUUCCGAAUUCUCCAACAGCUGACUCUUGAGUGCAUUUCAACUUCUCCGUGAUUACUCAUCCGUUUUUUAAGCCUGAAGAGCUUAUUACUUAUUUGUGCAAAGUGCCUUAUGCUAUGAGACCAUUCAGAAUAUCAUCUUUUAGACACAGCCCAAGGAAUCAACAAUAGUAUUUUUUCUUUCUUUCUUUUUAAAAUUUUUGUCUUUUCAUUUUGGUUUCAAGUUGAAGUCUCUCUUCCCUUUCUACUCAGUACUCAAGCCCAGGGCUGGAAGAUGAAACGUAUUAGUAAUGUUAAACGCCAUUUUCUUUUUCUUUAUGUGGAGGAGUUGAUGUGCAACUGCAGUUCAUCCGCACUGUAAAUACAUGUAUUUAAAAAAAACAAAAAACAAUUCCAAGUAAAAAUUUCUUCUGGGCUGAGUAGAUGCAACAUCAUCGCUCCCAAAGGAAAGAGCAGUCUAUCAUUGCAGGAGCCAUAUGACAGGCCUUUUGUGCUCUAUAGCAGAACACUAAAGACUGGUUUACAUACGCCUCCAUGAGCAGUCUUGGCGCUUGAUGUGUAGACAUGUCAGAGCCUUUGACCCUCUUUCCUCUGUGGCAAAGCGUGUCCCAUAGAAAAUUGGGUGUGUAUACUUGUAUAAACUUUGUAAAUAGGUUUUUUUCUGGGUUCAUAUAUAUAUAUACAUAUAUAUAUAUUUUUUUUUUUUUGGAUGAAGGUUGCUGGGAUUAAGGGGAUUAGAGUGAUUAUGGGAGCAGCUAAAGAUGAGAGGGGCUCAGUUUUCUGCAACACUAAAUUCUAAAAAGUACUUCACCUUUUAUGUAGAGAGCAGACCUCUUCAGGACCCUAUGUUGGAAAAGGGAUCCAGAAGUCUGGGAUUCACUGCUGUCACACUGUCUCAUGUAGUACCAUUACAGGAGGCCUGAUAGAGAGCAAGGAAGCUGCAGAACCUAUAAUUCAAGAUGUUAUUUUUUGAAAUGCUUUCUCUGAUACUGUUUCUUCCCCCCUUUUUAAAAGGUUGAGAAACUUUUCAGGCUCAGCAAAAGGGGACAAAGAAUAAUUUGCCUUGCAGUGUGGGAAUUGAUUGAGUGGCAGUGUCUGUGAGCAGUGUAUGUAUAAAGCAUGGAUUUGCAUUUCAGAAUAUUAGCCAGUACCAGCUUUGGUAACAUUAGCAGUUCUAGGGCUUGCUUUCUGUGGAUCAGCUCCUGUACUGUGUAAGUGUGUUGCCCUCUGCCCACCUUGAUACAUAAACUUGCAGGAAUGGGCAACCCCUGAGAGCUGUUAAAGUUUCAUGCUACAGAAAGCUGCUUGCCAUCCUCUUGCUUUGUGACGAGAAUUAUCUGUCAUUUUGCAUUGUAAAUUGCUGGCAAAUGCUUUACAGUCAAUAGUGUUGCUUUAAAUUGUGCCCCUCCCAACAUGCUUGAUGUUUGGCCUGAUCUCCAGGCAAAAGGAGUGAGAUGAAUCAAAACCAGUGAACUUUUUUUUUAAUGUUUUUAAUUCCCUUUUAACCCAGUGUACUAGGUCAAUGAGGAGGCAUCUAGGAUUUUAAAAAAAAAGGAAAAAUUUUAAAAAAUUUUGAUUUCUAUAUGCCAUGGUUUUUCAAAACCCUAGAAUAUUGCAAGAUAUGUCCUGCAUAACCUUUCAUGCUUGACUCAUCUGGAUAAAGAAAUCAGUUAUUCAGAGUUGCUUUUUUGACUCUGCCUAGUUCUAAGCAAAAUUGUGAUUCACCCAGAAUUCCUUGAGGAUCAAAAUCCUGCAGAUGCCUCCUGAUCAGACAUAGCCCUAACUCUCCUUAAAAACUGUAGCAAGAGCUGCACAGUACAGACCCCAAAAAGAAUAACUCUUUUAUCUGGUAUCCAAGCCACAUGUGUCUAUCCAGCCAAUGUUGGUUACUAAAUAAAAGGCCUACUUAAGGAAGUAACCUUUUUCCAGGGAGGGGUGGGGGGAGGGAAUUGAAAAGGCAUCAACUUUUAACCAAAAAAUCUUGCCCUUGUACUGAUGCAGCUCUCUUUUUCUCCCCCACCUCUGGUGAGAUAAGAGGGAUCAUUCAUUAUAGAAGAAAAGCAAGGAAGGCUUAUAAAUGCAAUUUUGUGUCUCGCUAGAGUGUGUGGGUGACUAAACAAACAGCGCAGUCUCUUUUGCCAUCCUCAGACUGUGCUCUGCCUGGUGCCACAUGCCUGUGGGUCCCUCUAAAAGCACAGACUUUAAGUUGAAAGUAUUAACUGAAGUACAGCCUCUGAUGAGGAGUGGCACUUAAAACUAUCUGGGACACCACUAUUGGACACGGUCUUGUAGAGGCAGCUGUCCAGUUUUGGUGCUUGACUCUUGAAUAGGAGUUGUUAAAUGGAAAGAUGCUCUAAGGACUAGGCGAAAGCCUAGUCUUUUUUUUUUUUUUUUUUUUUUUUUUAAUCUCCCUUACAGUAAGGAGCAUUGCUACUAUUAGAAGUUGUUUUUGUGUUCCUUCCAGUAUUGGGUGUUUAAUGGUAAUGUUUUUCCAGUGGUUCAUUUGGAUGAAAACUAUUCCCCCUAUUUUUAAUAUUUAAAUUACAUUCAGCUCCUAGUUAUAUAGUUGUGUAACGGGUUUUGGACUGUUACACAGCUUGCUGCCUCUGUCUCUCUUUUCCUUACAUUCCCAUGGAGAAAUUUUCUUGCCUUUUCCCUUAGGAAUGGAAUGGAAUAAAUUUAUUCUAAAAUGAUCUUCCAUGGGAAGAAGUUAGGGAGAGGGAAACCUGAAUAUAAUCUCUAAAUCAUUUUGAAGUUGGUCCCAGCAUCAUCAUAAGGGUUGGCCCCAAAGGCUGGGGGGGAGGGGGGAGGUACCUGGUUAUCAGUAUUUGUUUUCAGAAUGAGAUGGGAGCAUCUUUCCUUUGCCAUGUGCUUUGUGUUUGAUACCAUCAUGCUUGGGUUAGAACCAGACAACCCAGCACAAAGCCUUGAGUGUAAAUUGUUGGAAUCAAAACAUCUCAUUCUGAUUUGUUUUUUUUUUUUCCUUUUUUUUUUUUUUUUUUUUUUUUAAUAGGGGUGGGAGGGAGGUUACUUUGCCCCAGAAGGGAGGGUAUCUGCACUAAGGAUUUAGAAACACUUUGGAAGUUCGUAACCUCAUCAGAAACUGCCUUUAGUCACACUCCUGACCUUAUAGAUGAGUAACUAAAAGAUGAAAUAAGUUCUUGGGAAUUAAGCCAUGUUAUUUUAAUUUGCUACUUUUUCAACAUUGUGUGUAUCUUAAGCUGUUACUGUGGAAUCAUUUUCUGGCAAAAUACCUUCAUCAAGCAAAAUUAUUGGCCUCAUGGGAGCUGAUGUCAGUCAACUUUUUGGUGAACUUAAGUGAACUUUGGUGAGCGUAUAGUUGUACUUUAGAUCCUUGAAGAUAGUUUUUUAAAACUUCCAAAGAAAACCCAUUCUCUGAUCUAAAAACUCAUCUUUGGGGUAAAGAGUUGUGUCCAAAGGUUGUAACAUGUUCAUGAGGUCAGAGGGAGCUAGCCUGGCACCUGGACUCUGCCCCUCCAUAGCUGAUAGAUUCCAACAGAAGUGUAUUUAAAUUCUCCAGUAGACAAUACUGGGAAGCGCAAGGGAGGGGGUAGGGUUGGGUUAUUAAGAUACAGGCUACUGUAUUUUAACCAGUGGUUGUGGGGGAGGGGUGCCUGGAGAAAACAAAGUCACUAUUCCCUUUUUUGAAACAAAAUUAAAACUUGAAAAAAAUUAUCUUUUGUUUAGUAAAAAUGGGAUAGAAUUCCAGUGUCCCUAGCCACAAGGGACCAGUUCCACUGAGAAGUGAACAGUGGGGACUCUAUUUUGAAAACAUUUGGGGAAAGGGAAAAUUGGCUUGUCAAUUGGCAAAUGUUCCAGUGGGGCUUUGUUUUUGUUGGAAUGUGUUAUGUUAUAUGUACACAUAUAUGGACCAGAGUCUCUGCUGAGUUUAUAAAGUUAAGAAAAGAUGAUUGAUAACAUCUUGAUUUUUGUUAAUUUAUCUCAAUAAAAGCCCACUGGAACUCCA